AUGAGGAUCUUGGCGUGGAACUGCCGCGGGCUUGGGAACCGGCGGGCAGUUAGGGCAUUUAAAAUGCUCAUCCACUCAGAAGCUCCUGAUGUUUGUUUUAUUUUAGAGACUCGUUUGUUUACAGCAGAGAUGUUACGGCAGAGGGGGGCGGGAGGCCUCUUUAAUAUAUUUCCAGUUCAGUGUGCUGGUGCCAGACAUUCUAGAGCUGGCGGGUUGUGUUUGUUUUGGCGUGAUGGUAUUGAUGUGGGGAUCAUUAGCUCCUCUUUGAAUCACAUUCGUUUUUCCGUGACUGAUGCGGACUCACAUGCCUAUAUGGAAUGUGUGGCGGUGUAUGGUUUUCCAGAGGAGCGCAAUAAAUGGAGGACAUGGGAAAUGAUUCAGAGACUAAAACCGGCGGACUCUAUUCCUUGGUGCUGCUUUGGUGACUUUAAUGAUAUCUUAUCCCCUGAUGAUAAACUUGGAUGGGAUCCGCCGGAUGUGGGGAGACUUCAAGAACACGCUUUGCUCCGUAGGGAGUGUGGAUUAAAUGAGGUGAAUUACUCAGGGAACCGUUUUACAUGGUCUAAUAACAGGCAUCCGGGUAACAUAGAGGAGCGUCUUGAUUAUGCCAUAAUCAACAAGGCGUGGGAAGAAUUGUGGCCAGUGACUUCAGUUUAUAAUAGAACGAGGUACAAAUCUGACCAUAGCCCGAUUUUGGUGUAUUGUGGGAAUCGUAAGAGGGGGGUUGAGAAGAAGAGAGAGAGGAGAUUCAGAUUUGAGGAGUUGUGGUUACAACAGGGGGAGGCGUGUAGGGAGGUUGUGGAUGGGGUGUGGGGGAGGCCAUCAUUGGGGAUCACCCAGAAAAUUACUGCGGUGGGUGAGGCUUUGGACAGUUGGGGGAGAGACGUUUUUGGGGAUAUUCCAAAGAAGAUUUCGGAGGCGAGAGUUCUUCUCCAACGUCUCCAAAGACGGGUUCCGACUCAGGAGGUUCUCGACGAGAUCAGGGCGACGGAGCGAGAGCUUGAUGUGCUUUUGGAGCAUGAGGAGAUUAUGUGGAGUCAGAGAUCGAGAGCGACGUGGCUUCGCCAUGGGGACCGUAAUUCUCGUUUUUUCCAUCAGAAAGCUUCCCAAAGGAGACGGCGUAAUAUGAUUGAAUGCAUUCAGGAUGCAAAUGGGAGGGAAGUGGAGACGGAUGAGGAGAUUGCUCAUGUGCUUCUUUCUUAUUUUCAGGAUCUCUUCACUUGCUCAAACCCGUCCGGGAUUGAGGAGGCUGUGGCCUUAGUCGCUAAUAGAGUCUCCCCGGCUCAUCGGGAGACGCUUCUGGCAGCUUUCUCCCGUGAGGAUAUAGAGGAGGCUCUUUUUCAGAUGCACCCAACCAAGGCUCCAGGGGCGGAUGGAUUACCAGCUUUAUUCUAUCAAAAAUUUUGGGCUAUAAUUGGAGAUGAUGUCUCCCACUUUUGCUUGCAGGUGCUUCAGGGUAACAUUGAUCCAGGUAUUGUGAAUCAAACCUUGCUUGUUUUAAUUCCUAAAAUUAAAAUACCUGAGCAUGCUAGCCAAUUCAGGCCCAUUAGCCUUUGUAAUGUUAUCUUUAAGAUUAUCACAAAGUGCAUUGCAAAUAGGUUGAAGAUUAUUUUGCCUGAUUUAAUUUGUGAGUCGCAAAGUGCUUUUGUCCCUGGUAGGCUUAUAACGGAUAAUGCGUUAAUUGCCUUUGAAUGCUUUCACUUUAUGAAAAAGAGAAUCCAGAGCCGGAAUGGCAUUAUGGCACUCAAACUGGAUAUUUCUAAAGCAUACGACCGGGUUGAGUGGCCUUUUCUUCAGUCUGUUAUGACUUCUAUGGGCUUCCCACUUUGUUGGGUGAACCUAAUUAUGCGAUGUGUAUCCUCUGUGAGUUUCUCUAUUUUGCUUAACGGGAAUAGACAGGCACCUUUUGCUCCUCAUCGAGGGUUGCGACAAGGUGACCCUCUAUCGCCCUACCUUUUUAUUUUGUGUGGGGAAGUAUUUUCUGCUAUGAUUAAUAAAGCUGUUUUAAAUUCCUCUUUGCAUGGGGUUAAAAUUUCUAGAUCAGCUCCUGUGAUCUCACAUUUAUUAUUUGCAGACGACAGUGUUAUUUUUGCUAGAGCAGAUGUGCAAGAGGCGGAGUGUAUUCGUAAUAUUCUCUCUUCCUAUGAGAGGGCUUCAGGCCAAGCUAUUAAUCUUGAUAAAUCAAUACUUUCAGUUAGCCGCAACGUGCCACAAAAUUUUUUCCAUGAGCUAAGACAGCUGCUAGGAGUAAAGGCAGUGGAAAACUUUGAUAAGUAUUUGGGGUUACCGACUAUCAUUGGAAAGUCGAAGUCCCAGAUAUUUCAUUUUGUUAAGGAAAGAGUUUGGAAGAAGCUCAAAGGGUGGAAAGAGAGGUCUUUGUCGAGAGCGGGUCGUGAGGUACUUGUGAAAGCGGUGGUUCAAGCUAUUCCGGCGUAUGUGAUGUCCUGCUUUGUUCUGCCGGAUGGGCUUUGUGAUCAGAUUGAAGGAAUGAUUAGUAAAUUCUAUUGGGGGGGAGAUGUUUCUAAAAGGAGUCUUCAUUGGGUUUCAUGGGACAAAUUAUGUCGCGCAAAAGAUGAGGGUGGACUUGGUUUUCGGGAUUUUAAAUCUUUUAACUUGGCUCUUGUAGCAAAGAACUGGUGGAGGAUUUAUCAUUUUCCAAAUUCCUUGUUUAGCCGUGUUUUCAAGGCAGUAUAUUUUCCUAGUGGAGAGCUGAGAGGGGCUAAGAGAGGAUAUCGGCCCAGCUAUGCUUGGUCUAGUAUCUUGAAAUCAAGUAGGAUCUUUGAGAGGGGUGGAAGAUGGAGACUUGGGAAUGGACAAUCGGUGAAUAUUUUGCAUGAUGCAUGGCUCCCAAACGGUGCACCUUUGGUUUAUCGUCAGGAUCUUUUUGAGGAAUUACACUUAAAAAUGGUGUCAGACUUGUUAGUGAAUGGUCGAUGGAAUGUGAGUUUGGUAGAGAUGGUUUUUAACCCAGCCUCUGCAGCGGUUAUUCUAGCGGUCCCUUUGCCUAUUCAGAGCUGUGUUGAUCGUCUUUUCUGGCCAGGUUCUCCUGAUGGGUGGUAUACCUCUAAAAGUGGCUAUGAGUUUCUCAGGUUGGAGAAUAGAUCUUUGUUGGCAUCGUUGUCUACAGCUGCUGUGGUGCCAGGUCCGUUUUGGACGCAGGUUUGGAAGGCUCACUCACUACCUCAUUGCAAAGAGGUGAUGUGGAGAGCUUGUGCGGGUUAUCUUCCUGUGAGGACAGCUCUUCGUCGUCGGGGUCUGGACGUGGAUCCGUCGUGUCCAUGGUGUGGAUUAGAGGAAGAAACUGAGGUACAUGUUCUUCUCUCUUGUCCUGUGAUUCAGCGUAUCUGGUUUGCUAUCAUGGGGCUUGGGGUCACGGAGGAUGCUCCACUCCAUGUGGUGGUGGCCCGAAUGUGGGAUGGGGUGUGUGAGACGGUGGUGGACAAAUUCAUUACGGUGGUGUACGUGAUUUGGGAGGCUCGGAAUGCGUUGUUGUUUCAGAACCGUGAGUUAUCCCUUGACCAUGUCCUUGCUCGGGUCGCGUCUCUUGAGGCUUUGCCUCGGCCAGGAGCUUUGCAGCGCUCCCCUAGGGCGGAAGCGGCGGCAUGGUCGCGCCCAGCGGUGGGGUGGAUUAAGGUAAAUGUUGAUGCUUCCGUGCGGCGUGCUAUGGCGGGAUUUGGGAUGGUGGCGAGGGAUGAGGAAGGUGCUCUCCUGGCAGCUGCAACUUUAGCUCCGGUGAUGAUGCAAUCAGCGGGACUAGCAGAGGCACUUUGCUUGCGGUGGGCGAUGAGACUUGCUCUUGAUCUUGGCUUCUUCUCAGUUUGCUUCGAGACGGAUUCCUUGCAGCUUUAUCAGUGGUGGCGUCGUCGAACUAGAGGCUCUUCUUACCUUGAUUUGAUUAUUUCUGAUUGUCGUACUUUAGCUUUAUCUUUUGCAAACAUUGAUGUUUUGUUUGUUCGUCGUUCCGGUAACCGAGCCGCUGACUUUUUAGCCCGGGGGGCAUCCUCUUUUUUGGUUUGGAUAGAGGAGGGACCUCCUGGCCUUGAUGCUUUUGUAACCUCUGAUGCUAUGGCUUCCAUGCCUGUCUGA